CUGGGUCAAGUCAUUUUCUUCCACACUGGGAGGGCAAUGGUUUUAGACAGUUUUGCUCUUCUGUUUUUGGUGCUCCUUUUGGCAAAGGUUUCCUUGCCUCACAUGGUAUUUCAUCCCAGACACCUCGAUUUAGACUGGCCCCAAAAUUGUGGUGUUGCAUACUUCCAACCUAACAUCUUUGCAAAGAUUGUUGCAGGCAAGGAAGCAAGACCUCAUUCUUGGCCCUGGCAAGUUUCUUUACAGGUUCGCUCUAGACCGAGUGACAAAUUCGUUCACGUAUGUGGUGGCACUCUUAUCCACAAACGUUGGGUUCUCACAGCUGCUCAUUGCUUCCAGAAGGGGCCAGCAGAAGAUGUCACAAACUGGCGAAUUCUCCUGGGCAAGCAUAAUCUGAACUACCUUGAAUCCACACAGAGAAGCUACCGCGUGAAACGAAUUUAUCGACACGAACAGUUCCACUAUCCUCAGCUAAAUGAUCUGGAGUAUGACAUUGCUUUGGUCAAGUCUGUGGGAGACAUUACGGCCAACAGGUUUAUCCAUUAUGCGUGCCUGCCAAAGAGAGACAGCUUUCUCCAUCCAGGGCACUCCUGCUGGGUGACUGGUUGGGGGGGGCACAAAGGUGGGAAAGAAAACUUCACUCUAUCUGAGGUUUUGAACCAGGCCAACUUACCAGUUAUUGAUUUCAAAACAUGCCAUCUCAAGAAAUUCUGGGGAGCCAAAAUCCAGUCUUCGAUGCUCUGUGCUGGAUUGAGAGAUACUACACAGUCUCCAGCAGCCUGUCAGGGAGACUCGGGCGGCCCACUUCUUUGCCAAAUGGAGAGAGAUACCUGGGAAGUUCACGGAAUUGUAAGCUUUGGACCAGUCGGAUGCCAGGUGCAGAACAAGCCCACUGUCUUUACCAGGACAUCUGCAUACAUUCCCUGGAUUGAAGCGGUCAGGAAGCGGGACUUUUUUUUUAUGAAGAUAAGAGAGACAAAGCAAGCCUAG